AUGUUUUCACGUGUAUCAUCUCUUUCAACUAAAACCAAACAACAUAAAUUAGAUCGAUUACGUCCACCAUCGCCAUGGACAAAUGAUCUGGCUGAUGAAGGAUGUGCUGGAACAGUUGAUUUAACUCAUAAUGAUGAUGUUGAUCUUUCAUAUAAAAAGAAAUUUUUACAAUUUAUAUAUCAAUGUCAGAUUGAACGUCGUUUACCAAAGAAAAUAUCUGAAAAAUCUAUGGUGCAAUUAAAUAUAACUACUGAACAAAUAAAAUUAAUGAAUACACAUCAAAAAACAAUUUUAUCUAUUCUUUCUCAUCAUGUUAUUGCUUGUUAUUAUGUUGAAUAUGAAACAGAUCAUAUUGUUGCAAUGAAAUAUGUUUCAACAAAAGAUAAAUCAUCUACUGUUGAAUUAAUUAUUUUUCUAUUAAAUGAUCGACAUGAAGCUGAUGAAUUAUGUUCAUCAAUGGAUUUUUGUUUUCGUGCAGUAUAUAUAGCUAAUGAACAAAAUUCUGAUAUGAGCAAAAAAUUAUCUUUACUUACAAAAUCACUUUCAUCAACUCAACAAUUACGUAGUUCAAUUGAUUCAACAACAUCUUCAUCACCAUCAACAAUACGUUCUCUAUCAUUAGCAUCAUCAUCUUCUGCUUGUGUUACUGUACCAGAUACAUCAUCAGUGAUUAAUGAUGAUUUAUCAACUCCACGCCGAAGACAUCGACGACCACGUACUCGUAAUGAUGAUAGUUCACCAGCGAGAUCUUCAACAAAGGCAACAUCAAAAAUUAUUCAAAAAUAUCUUCUUGAUUUACAACUUGAAUUAAAACCUAAUGAAUUAGGUGAAUUUGGAAAAUUACUGACUGAAUGGCAAUCAAAUCAAUUAAAUACGAAAACAUUUGUUAAACAAACAGCUCGUUUAUACGGUGAAUCACGACGAAAUCUACUUGAUGGUUUACAUGAUUUUUUACCGAUUAAUGAACAAACAUGGUUUCUUGAUUAUUUAAAUAAUCUUAAAUCAACAUCAUCAUCAUUAUUUAGUAGUACUGAAUCAUUACAAGACGUUCAAACUUUAUAA